GGUGCUCUUCUUCUCUCGAUGUCGGCAGUGAUCUUUCGUGUACAUGAAAAUGGCUAAGACCGACGACGACGAUCACCAUCGGGAAACCGGAACACGAUCGCAUCAAAUGCCACCCGAAAAGAAGGCUCCGGGCGAAACCGACCCGUCAUCAUCUACCAUCCACCAAACUAGCUAUGGCGAGCACGACUUGUACACGCUCUUAGGGGAGAAGGAAAAUGAUUUGACCUUGGCUGCCGAAUUGGGAAAGGCCCUUUUGGAACAAAACGAAGAGCUAUCCCGCCAAAAUGAGAUCAUCUCCGAGGACUUUGCAUCCAAGCUCGAGCAAUUGGAGCAAGAUAGAUACCGUCUUAAGCUUCAGAUCGAAGUUAUGGAGGAGGAAUAUGAACAAAGGAUCUCGGAUCUCCAGACAGACCUCAACAAGAUCCGAGCCGCUCUCCAGGAAGCUGAACACCACCAUCGCACUACCGAACGCGAGCGCUCCGGAUUGAUUGGUCAACUCACGGAGCAAAAUCAAAGACUGACCUCUGAGCUCAAGGAGGCGGGAAAACGGGAGGAAGAGCUUCAAAAAAGGCUCCAAGAGCUUCGAUCUCAAGUCAAUGACAAACGGGUUACCAUGCAGGACCAUGUCAAUCACCUCGAGACCCUAAAAGACGAGAUCAACUUGGUGACUCAAAGGAAGCAAAAUCUGGAGGAGCGGAUAUCGGAAUUAGUGGGUGAACGUUCCAUUCUUUCCGGCGAUUUGGACGAGACCUCCGAGAGGGUUCUGUCUCUGGAACGACAGAACAGAGAGCAAGACAAUCAGCUCCGGAAUAAUCAUCGUGUCAUGACUGAGUUGGAAUCGAAAAAUCAAAAUCUCUCCGAACGAUUGGAAUCUCUAUCGCGAAGCUACUCUUCGACCACUUCAUCUCAUAUGUCCUCGGGCUCGGGUGGACAGACGUCCCUUUUGAAUGAACUAGAAAAUUCCGAGAAUUUUCUUCCUUAUGGAACAGGAUCAGGAGGGAGACGACGGUGCUCUCAGAUUGACGAGGAAGAAUUUGAGGAGGAUUUCGAUGACAGUGAAAUGACGUGUAUAGAUGAGCGGGGUCAUCAUCUUGUUGACGACAUUCAUCAUGGACAUGCGGGCGUUGGAGGUGGAGGUAGAGGGGUCGACGAUGAAGACGGAGACAGCGAUGAUUCCCGAAUGAAAGAGCUCAGGGACGAAGUUUUGACGGUCUAUCACCAAAUCAGGCAUCUUUGUUCUGAUAUUCGCGAGUCGCGUCUCUGUCAACACCAUCGGGGAACGACCACGUCCGAACCACCGAGUUCCAGAUCUCUUCAAAAUUCAUCCCAGAGGAAAUCCCAGCCGUUGCAUGGUCAGAAACGACGAAGGGACUCAUCCGAUUCCAUGCUGACCACGUCAGAGGGAAGUGGUGGAAGUAGUGCGAGUAGCACGUGUUCAGACGACUUGGGUGGCACCAAGGUCCAAGUUUUCACCGUUAAGAACGGAUUGCUGACCGAAGCCUUGGCCGACCUUCAGGACCUGAUACAUGGCUGUCUUUCCUCGGAUGCCCCCAACAAACAUGCCUUAUCGAGGCACGGUGCUCAUGAUUCUGGUCGUGAAUCUGCUAUCGACGACGACACCCACUUGGAAAUGGAAAUCCAUAGUACAAAUGAGGCCUAUGAUAAGAUGCUCGUUCAAAUGAAGACCACCACUGGAAAUCUGAAGCGAAAAGAUGAGGAGAUCAACGAACUUCAGUCCAAGCUGUCCAUGACCGAGGUCCAAUUGAAGAACGCCUGCGAAGAACGCGACAACUUUAAACGCGACCUCGAACACGUCGCCUCAGAUGGUGGUCUGAGUAAAGAUCAGUUAAUACGCAAGGCCUGGGAGGUCCGUGAUGCGGCUGUGAAGCGAAAGAAUGCGGCUGAAGUGGAAUUAGCCAAGGAGAGGAUCGGUGUGAUGCAGGUCAAUUCCCAGCUCUUGGAAGCCAUUCAGCAGAAGGUGGAAUUAUCUCAGCAACUGGAUGACUGGAAAACAGACAUGGAACUUCUUUUGGAGGGACAGAUCAGAGACCGACUGAUUGAUUCGGAGAGGCGAAGUAAAAACGUUUUCACCACAUCGAACUCGAGUGCCCCUAGUCUUUGGAAUGGGUCGUCCUCUUCAUCAUCAACAACCACGGCCAACAACGGGAAUUUGGCGGGAUCGGCUUCCGGCUCCACAAACGCAUCUGUCAGUAGCAGGUUCUUCGGUCUUUUCCAAAGACAUUGAUAGGCCUCCUCCUUCCUACUUUACUUUGGGUCUCGGCUUCGACCCAUCGUUAUGAUGGAUGCCAACGAAAUUUCUUCGUCAAGGGUGGGGAAAAAAGUUCGAGGUUCUUUCCAACUUGAAAGUUGUCUCUUUCACUGUGACAACUGGCCUUAUUUUUGACUCCAAAACCGUGUGUGGAUGAGAGGUGGAAUGAACCCAGGCCCCAGGUCCUUUGGAACCCCACCCAACCGGCUGUGAUGAUCCAGAUAACUUUGCCAUCUCUCUCUUUAAGUUUGAAAGCGUUUCAUUGCCAGUUUCUCUGGAUCUUUUUCUACGUCUACACUUAACUUUCGGUGACGGCCACAAAAAUCUGGCCUCAUCGAUGAGUGAGCGGGUUUGAUCUUGAAUUGACGCCCUCUUUUGUUUUGUUACGUAUGUUGUGCCGUUUUUAAUACGUCACAACACAAAAAAGUCUUGUUCAUUUAGGAACUUCUCUGAUCUAGUUGAUUCCCUACUAAGAUGUCCUCUUGAUUUUGACUAACCUCACCUAAAACAUACGUUGUUGAUGUUUGUCUAAAAUAUCUGUGAUAAAUCACCGAUCUGUGUCAGUUUGCACUCAUGACUUUGUUUACUUCAAACACAAAUGACUUCUAACACCAUGAAAUACUCUCCAAUUGAGCAUCCAAUAAAUCUAUAAUAAUGCCAUGUA